AUGAGUCUAGAGAGUGGAGAGAAUCUGUCAAAGAUUUGGGAUGAGUUCAUUUCUAGUUGCGAGUUUCCAGUUAACCUAGAGAGUCAUCGCCGAGUUGUGAUAUGCACGCCGAGUUUAGAGACUCUACGAUUAUUUAAUUCCUGCUGUUUGCCUAGCAAUUUUGAACUAACUCUAGAGAGCAUGGAGCUUAUUGGAUAUUCUCGAGGUUCAGUGGAGUCAAAAUACGAUGCUAAUAAAAGUGAAAAAACCUCAGUUGAUCUACAAUUGUAUGCUGUCGCUGUUCCUUUGAAGAAGAGUAGUUUGCAAUAUCUUGAUGUGUUUUUGAACAAUACUGGUGCAGGUUCAAAAGAUAGUGGGUACGGCAGUCUUGAGUUUUGUUUCCUAUUGGAUUGGGAAAUGCAAGAUCAAAGAAACUGGUUAAGAAAUUUACAAGAUUCAUUAGCACAUCUUAAGAGCCAUGGCUAUAAAGUAGAGGGGGACAAUCUAAGUAUAUGGUGUGUUAACUCGUCGUAUAUAUUCAAAUUACAGCGCAACAUAUCUUCAUGGAGGAACUACCACAUCGAUCUACAACAGCAAGUGCUAAGGUCAUUUGCAUUAGAGAACGGAUGUUCUUUGUACAAUGUCAAUUGUGAGAGUGAAACUAACACCGACACAUACAAGACUAACUUUAUGGCACAAGUGACUAGAGAAUUCGAUAGAGUAGAGCCUGAGUUGGCGUACUUCCCCAACAUUGCCAUCCCAACAGGAACCGACACACAGAACUUGAUUGCUACUGUAGAUAGCCAAUUCUCCUGGGAAACAAUCAAAAAUGACCAAGAGAAGUACGAGAUGUCUCUCCCAGCAGCAAAAGUCAAACCAGAGUCACAGAACCGAAGAUCUGACGCUCUAGAUACCGACCUUAAUGAGCUUGUCUCGCAGGGAAACUACGAGAAUCUGGAACAAAACGCAAUGUCAAUUCUCGAUAAAUAUAAAAUUGACGUCCAACAGGAACUGGAGAAAUUAUACACGGAGACCAAGAGAACACGACACUGA